CGCUUCGCGAUUCUUGAGGCAGGAAGAGUGAGGUGUUCCAAACCGAAGAAUCGAUAAUAUUAAAUUACUCAACUAAACAUUUUAGUUGGAAAAAGGAUCAUUGCCCUCCAAGAAACACUGUGAGACCGUCACUGAGUUUUCUUGUGUCAAAGUAUAAGGGUCUCUUUCUCAGUCGGGCUGAAAAUAUUGCACCGGUUUAUCGUGCGAUUUCAAUAACACUCCAAUACUCUUUCCACACCAUAGUACGAUCGACUAACACACUACGGAAAACGAUUGUUUGGCAUGACGAGGUUGCAAUCAACAGGAAUUUGAUUUUGUAUGAAUGUUUUCAAUUUCGGUACUCCUUCAUGUGGGUCAGCUGCCGCAUAUUCCCUUCGCGCAAUGUGUUGAAGAAUGCCGCACGUUGAGUAACAAACCAGUUUUCCAAAGAGCCCAGAAGGCAUCAAUAUACUGCUGUUAAUCAUGGAAUGCGUGGAGGACUUUUUACAGAGACUUCAAAACUGUACCUGUCUAGAUCUGAGGCAACAACCUCUAAAGCUUCUAGAGUUGCUUCGGCUACAUCCUCAGAUGAACCCGUUUGUCGUGAAAAUAAACAAUUUGGGACAUCUCAGUGAAGGCCAGAUUCUGCUUUUGAUAGAAAGAAGGCAUUGGUUCAAUGGUGCAUGGCUGUCAUUUGAUCAAUUGAUUGUGUCUUUUUUGAGGUUAUGCAACCAAGUCAACCCAUGGUCCCUAUUGGAAUCAUUCGAUCUUUAUACAACAUACCUCAAUGAUAUAACCGUUGCCUUCAUGAAUAAGAAGCACGGAUAUUUGAUAACUUACUUGCUUGAGGAUGUUUUGAAGCAGGUCUUGUACAUGUCUAAACUGUUAGAUUAUCAUAUGUUGCAUAGAGAAAUGUGCCGCAAACCGAGACUAAACUUCAUGGCUUCCAUCCUUUUGAAAAUUUUCAACAACAUAAGAUCACAGAUAGGUGCAGAUGAUUACAUUGAUGCUGUUAAGAAAUCAAUAAUGGUGCUUAUAGGCGUGAAAUUAUGCCAAACCUAUUUUCAGCUUUCCAAUCCACUUCUCUGUCAGAACGUCUUUUCGAAUAUGGGUAAUGCUAACUUAGACUUUAGCUCAUAUCAUCCAAAUCAACAGCUACAAUACAGGUUCUACUUAGCUAAAUUCUACAUUGCUAAAUAUGAAUUCGUUGAUGCAUUCGAACAUUUGGAUUGGUGUCUAGCGCGUGUACCAUACAAUUAUUCUGUUGACAGUAUGAACGUUUCCACAAUACUUCGUCAGUUUUUGCUUGUGAGUAUCCUAUUGGGCAAGAGACCCAAAUUCGGUAGCUUCUCAAGACGAUAUUUUUCAGCUCCUCUGAAAUGCCCAAAAUAUUUCUCUAUAUACGCUGAGCUCGAAAAUGCUAUAAGAUUGGGGAAUUUUUACAGACUUCACAAUUUAAUCAACGAUGCAGAGAUUUCGAGCUUUUUAAAGCGUCAAAAAUUUGCAUCAUUUUUCAGUUCAAAGGCAUAUUUGAUUACUCUUCGAAAUCUAGUCAAAACCAUUUGGCUUUCUCAGGGAAAGCAAGUACGACUCGGGUAUGAUGCCACAAAGCAAGGUCUCUUGUUAUCAUUGAAUGGUCUUGAGUUGUCAUCGGUGUCAACAAUGAACUCAAGUCCCAAGCAGCAUAUCUUGAGUACGAAUUUGGAUGAUCACUCUAUAGAGAAUUGUCUCGUCACAUUGAUUGACCAAAAUUUACUCCGUGGAAAAGUUUUUCCAAGACUACGUGUGGUAUCGCUUGCCAAGAAUGAGGUUUUUCCUGAUAUUUCAGCCAACUAUUUUCUGAAAUUUGGAAAUGGUUCAGGUGACACCUUGAGGCCGGCAGAUCAGUGGAUUAAACGCGGGAGCUAAUGAUGCUGGAUGUUUGCCUCGAUUACGCGAAAGUAAAUACCAUCUUCCCAGAAAUUAGGCUUUAUUAUGUAGCUAAUAUUGUCAGAUGUAGAAUAAGCAUUUGCCUGUUUUUCUUUGAGAAGCUUCAUCCCAGUAUAAUACUAAAGGAAUUAGACCAGUUUACACUUUCCAUGAAUGAGUUUGGUCUCAGAAGCUCUACUAAUGCGUUUGUAC